CUUUUCAUCAUUGUUAUUUAAAUAUAUUUAAACGAAAAUAUGAUCAAAAUUCUCUUUGUACUAGUAUCUUUUAUAAGCCCUCACUAUAUCUGUAGCGGCGAGCAAAGUGAACUCGUAAACUUUUGGUAUACUUGCGAUUUCCAAAUGGAAUCCGAUAUGAAUGACAUGAGUGAAGAGUGCCGUAAAAUAUAUAGCCAAAAAGCGGGAAAGAGUGAUGUCUACGAGCUGUAUAAAACCGAAGCUGAAAUGUUUUACAAAUUCCGAAAUAAAUUGGUGGAAUGCGAAAGCAAUGGCAAAACAUGCGCCUUAAGUGAUGGUCAAAGUGAAAUGGAAAUGCCACUGCUCAUCGGUUAUGAUAUCAACAAACGUAUGCGUUUAUAUAAAGAAGCCGAAAUGAAUCAGUGUUAUGUCGAGACUACCAAUAAUAUUGAAUUCAUAAAAUGUAUUAUAGAAACUCGCAAGAAAUUAUUGGCUGUAUUAAAUCAGAAUUGUUCCAGCAUGUGAGUGGUAUUAUUAGUAUAUUUUUGUAAAAUAUGACUAAAAAUAAAAAAAUCAAGAAAUUUUUACUUAGCUUUCGACAAUUUAGUAAUUAGAUUCAGUGUGCCAGCUAGAAGAAAAUAUGCAAAAUCCUUAAACUGGAUUUGGUUCUAUAGAAAUCAAAGAUAAAUUCUUAGACUCUUAUUAUGUAUGGCAACUGACGCUUGUCUAGUAGCCGUACACCACAAUUUAUACUACUGAAUAAAGGCAG